AUGGCAGACGUGGAGGAUAUCAUUUGCGACGCACAAGACGCUUUUUUUGAAGGAAAGUACGAAGAAGCAAUUUCACUCUGUUUGAAAGCACUCGAAGAAGGAAAUGACGACGAUGUGUACGAGUUGUUAGUUCUUUCACAUUUUGAACGAAAUGAUUACACAAGCGCGUUUGAGAGUGCUGAAAGGUGGUACAAAGUCGCAAAAAGAUUGAAUAAAGUGAGGGCGCGUCUUGCAUUACUAAGGUCGUCGUAUUUGAUUGACAACAAACAAAGUUUUGAGACGGUUGCUGUUGAGAUGUUAGGCAUAAAUGAGUCGAAAAGUGAAGUGGCGUGUCUCUACCUCGACAUGUUCCCAGAGAAAAGCAAUUACAUCUUAAAUUUGUUAGCAAAAGACACUGACGAAUUCUGUGGAGCGAUCGUAAGACGUCUUGAAGGUAAAAUCGCUGUAAGUGAAGAAGACGUAGAAUUGAGACAAUGUGGGAAUGAGGCUUAUUCAAUUGGGGUCAUCGCAAACACUGCAUUGCUCAGUAAAUGUGUUAUUCCAGAAGAAGACAUCGAAAGAAUUAAAGUUUGGGAAAAACUGGGAGCUGAACUCCCCUAUGUCCGCGACUCAGUGACUUUUCUUCGACAUCUUCCUCUCGAAAAGCAACGGGGAGUGCACUUCAUAUUCAGAAAACACUGUAAGCCUCAGUAG